GCCGACUCACCAACCAAACCAAAAGAGGCAGCAACUGGCUGGCACUAGCACUAACACGGCUUCACCUGAUCUGACCACUGACGACACUGGUCCCUCUCCGCGGCGGUUGCCCGCCGGCGACGGACAGCGGCACCUGCCUAUCUAUCUAUCCUAUCUCCUCUUCCCGGCGCCCGUCCCCGCGUCUGGCUCCAGUCCGCCGGUAACCGCCCCGAACUAGGGUUCCCUUCCUUCCUCAUCAGCUCUUCCCCUUUCUUCCUCCCACUACUGAUUACUCUAGUAAUCGCCUUUGAUGCCGCCGCGACCGUGCCAAUGAAUAAUUCGGUGGAGAGCAUCAGCGUACUCUAGUGUAGCAAGAAACCUCUGGUUUCUGAUUCCAUUUAUUUCUUUACCGUACUGCAAGCCCGGACGAAAUGGGGUGCUUCCAUUCCAAGCCCAGGCGACAGUACCCAGGCUACGAGGAUCCCAUCAGUCUCGCGUCACAGACUACAUUCAGCGUCAGCGAAGUCGAAGCGCUAUUUGAGCUGUUCAAGAGUAUUAGUGGUUCUGUUAUUGAUGAUGGUCUCAUCAACAAGGAAGAGUUCCAGCUUGCAUUGUUUAAGAGCAAGAAGGACAAUCUUUUUGCUAAUCGGAUAUUUGACCUUUUCGAUGUCAAGAAAAGGGGGGUCAUUGACUUUGCUGACUUUGUUCGAGCUCUAAAUGUAUUUCACCCUAGCAUUCCGAUGGAAGAGAAAAUUGAUUUUUCCUUCAAGCUAUAUGAUAUGGACAACACAGGCUUCAUUGAACGAAAUGAGGUCAAGCAGAUGCUUGUUGCUCUUCUGAGUGAAUCGGAAAUGAGGUUAUCAGAUGAAACCAUUGAGACAAUCCUGGACAAGACAUUUUCAGACGCUGAUGUGAAUCAGGAUGGAAAAAUAGAUAGAGCAGAGUGGGAGAACUUUGUCUCACGGAAUCCUUCCUUGCUGAAGAUAAUGACUCUUCCAUACCUUAAAGACAUAACGACUACAUUCCCUAGCUUUGUUUUUCAUUCGGAGGUUGAUGAUAUCGUGACAUGAGCAGCAUGAACUGUGUGCAAAGCCCAGCGUGCCGCCGGGGAAAGAAGACACCAUGUACAUCUGCUAUACAGUAAUUUUGGUUAGCAAUAAUGCAAGGAGAUGGUGUAGGUAGGAAGGUGUUGUUGUGAGAUUAAUGUCUGGUUGUUUUUGUUUGUUGUGAGAUGCAAUGCUAUUUGGUGUUAAACAAAAUGAAAAGUUGUUUGUUGUCGUCGUCUCGACCCAAACUCUUCCAA